UAUCACUGCAACUCCCAACGUGGUGACGCUGUCGUCCUGCUCGCCGCCAGCUACCGUAGGGUUGACAGCAACUCCAUAAAGCCUCAAGCUGCUGAAGCCAUGGCGUCCUACCUCUCCUACUUCACCUCGAAUUCGUCGACGCCACAACCACCGUCCCAGGGCGCAGGCACGCCCGGCGCAACGUCGACAUGGUCGAGCACCUUUUCCUCACGAUUCGCGACACUGCGCAAGGCUCUGACGACCCGAGACUCUGAAGAAGACGAUCCGGACAACGAAGAUUGUUCUCACAUCUCGAAUGUCUUGCGGGCAUACUACACAGAAAAGGGACGGCCCUUUCCCGAGUGGCUGCCACCUGAUCCCAAAAAGCCCGUAGCCGCACCGCCUCUCCAGCCUCAGGGCUCGUAUGGGCAGUAUGGCAAUAAUGCAUAUGGUUCUCAGUACGGAACGCAGCAAACACACUCAAGAGGGCCAUCUGGGGGCCGCGGCGGAGGACUUUCUGAUCUGUGGGAUCCUGCCCCUGCCCCGGUCGCCCCUCCUGCUCAGAGUCUCCGGGCUGGUCGACCAACGCCGCACUCUUUACGUUCGAAUGAUUCUGCGCGGUCGCAGUCGAGCAACAGUGGCGGAACGACGUCUUUGACACAACCCAGCCCCAGCGCCCGCCCUCUCCCAAGCCAAAGGGCUGGAAGCUAUCAGACGAACCCCGCUACCAAUGCCGGCGCUCUAGGAUCUCGUGAUCGGCUCCGUGCUCGGUUGCAGGGCGGGGGCAGCGGACGAAACAGUCCAUCUGGUGGUUUGAGCAGUGGGGGAAGCGGCAGCCAGGCGUCUUAUGGCCCCUCGAGCGGAAAUUUGACUCACCAUCCGCCAUCUCGCACGGGGUCUUCUCAGCCCUACAUUUCAGCCUCAGAGCCUUGGUCGACGGGCGGAGAUGAUCCUUAUGCGUACAACUACAGUAGCGGUGGAGGUUCUGCCAACCCGUAUGGUCACCAGGACUAUCGCCAACGCCCCGGAGGCCCCAGGUGAAGCAGCCACAGUUCAACCAACUUGGUGCUAGGACGUACAGCCGACAACUGGCGGUCGGCGGCAUUGACAUAGCCCGGAACGAGCUCCCAACCCCGUCAGUUGACCAAGGAUCCGUUCCGCACAACGUUCGCGAGCGACCGUGAAAAGUCCCCUGCCCUCGGAUGGCCCCCUUCCAAAGCCUCGCGGUGCCAUUUCCUCAGAGGUCUUGGUCUCCCCAAUGUAACGGCAGUCACCACGUUUGACGUGAAGUCAGAUCUCCUGCGGGCCGGACCAAGGUCGAUUAACGAACCGGUCUGCCAUUGGCGAUGUCCAGGUCGGCAAUCUGAUCGACUUGUAUACGAGCUCCUAAAAGGGGGGAGGGAUGGGUGGCUGAUCUGAUUGUCAGCCUCUUGGCCAGUGGCUAGUGGACUCGCGAGAGGAGAAUUCGGUUGGUGGCACUACACCAGAACAACUAGAAGGGGCCAGAUAUAGGGCUGCAAGAGAGCGGAAUAGGGCAGAAGGGGGGGUCCACGCAUCGACCAAAUGCCAAAUGGGGCGACGGACAGCGAGGGUAUACCCAGAGUAUGUUCGUGGGGAUCCACUACUGAUGCUCAGCAGCACAGCCGCAACGAUGGAGAGGCUGAGGCAAAGAGGACCCCAAGCACCAACAAGGCUAGGCUCGGCAAGAUCGGGGGUGUGAUGGACCUGUACGAGGAGGAGCAGUAGCAGUUAGCAGUAGCAGUAGCAUAGCUGUCCUUAGUAAGCUCUGUUCAGUAGUAGUAGGUAGUGUGUCGGAGUGGUAAUGGAAAUGGACUUUUGGUAUGGCAGGCACAGGAUGGCAUCACAAACAGCAGUCGGUCAGAGUGCGGCGCGGUACGGGGUCAGUUGGC